GUGGAUCACUCUGUAUCUGUAUAAAUGCUUAUAGGUACGCCAUGUGUGAUGUGUUAGAGUAGUAAAUUGUCUUGAUUUGGUUGGCAUUGGAAAAUUAGGGUUUUUGGAUGUGAAUAACAUGGAAGAGGGUAUGAUGAAAGCUUUAACAGGAAAUUCAGAUAAUAGUUUAGAGAGUGAGCUUGAAUUGAUACUUAGUCAAAGGGAUAGUAGGGUGGUGGUCGGUGAUCAACAAAGAGAUCUGAAUAUGAAUAGGAGUGGCAGCGCUCCACCAACUGUCGAGGGAUCUUUAAGUGCAGUUGGAAGCUUAUUUAGGGACUCUGAUCUUGUGCAAAUUGAUAACAGAAAUAGUAAUAUUAAUAAUAGUACCAAUUGGAAUGGAGGAGUGUUGACAGAAGAAGAACUUCGAUCUCACCCAAUGUAUUUAGCAUAUUAUUAUGCACAUGGAAACUUCAAUCCAAGACUCCCUCCUCCAUUGCUGUCUAAAGAGGAUUGGAGAGUUGCUCAAAGGUUUCAGGUAGGAGGCUCGUCUUCUGAAGGAACUAGGGAUUGGUGGAAGAAGAAUGUGAGUAGUGAUCAUACUGAUCAUAUUGGUAGUAGUAGUAGUGGUAGUGGCAGUGGUAGUGGUAGUUCUUCAUUGUUUUCAAUGCAGCCUGGUUUUCAAGGUAUACACAAGGAUGCAGAAUCUGAAUUCAUGGAAAUGAGGAAGAAUCAGCUUGAUCUUCCCCACAAAAACUCUGCUGAAUGGAUUGAAAGAGGUGAUGGGUUGAUUGGUUUAACAGCUCCUGGAAUGGGUGGUAGAAGAAAAAGCUUUGCAGAUAUUCUUCAGGUGAAUAUACAUUAUUCAUAUCCUACAAAUGUUCAUGUCAACAUUAUAAAUUUUUAAUUGGAAUGACUUUCUUGUCUUCUUCUACAGGAAGGACUAGAAC